AUGGAAGCUCUGGUGGCCCGAGCCCGGGUGCUCGGCCCGGUGCGUGGCUUGUCCGAUCCACUGCUCAGGGCCAUCCUCGCCGGCUCAGACCCAACCCCAGACAGAGUCCAGAAUGGUGUCGUCUUAUUCGGCAUUGGGGACCCGACAAGUUGCUGGUAUUUUCUACUCUCCGGCCAGGUUCAACUAUAUCUAACGCAUCAGGACGGCAGCGUGCACCCCAUUUGCUCCCUUUCAGCCGGCGCCAUCUUCGGCGAGCUCAACUUUCCGAAGCACAACUGCGCUGCACGCGUCCUAAAACCAUCAGAAUUCGUCCGCAUCCCCCAGCAACACUUUUGCGCAAUUUACAACAAACACGCAGACCAAAUCCACCAGUUUAUCCAGGUUAUCCAGGAUAUGUUAGCCGAUCAAACCAUAUACGAACCAGUGGGAGAUUGGCCUCCGGCGCUGAUGAAUGGGACGGAACCAGCCGAAUGGAAUUAUCAAAACCAACCAGCGCCUUUCCCAUUAAAUGUCAACCAGAUUCUCCAAUGCGAACCGUCAACAUCAACAGCAUACAGUGGAGAACACCGGCGAAAAUUUGAUGAUAUUGCACCAGAUGGACGGAUGGAUGAAGCCAAUAUGAUCGGGUUAGGCAAUCAAGUGACAUUCGAAGCACGGCUUGUAGAGAUUGGAUGUAUGCUGCGACAUGCGAUGCGGUUACAAAGGCCGGACCUAAUUUGCGACCAUGCCCAUCGAGGAAAGGUAUUUGCCUCUUCAAUGGUAGGCUCAGAAAUGAUCGACUGGUUGUUGGAACUGGCGCUUUCUUCUGGGACAAAUAUGUCAACGAUGUCAAGAUUUCAGGUGAUGGGGAUGUGGCAGGCCCUAUUGGAGCACAACAUCUUAAUGCACGUCAGCGGUGAACACCGGUUUACGGACCAGAUGACGUUUUAUCGAUGGAAUAUUGAAGAAUGGCAGAGGGCAUUGGAUAGAGAAGAAGAGGAGAAAGAUCCGAAAAGCAUGCAAGAAGAGCCUGGCACUCCACAACCUGGGGAUAAGGCUUUCUUCGAUCCAGUCACCAUGCAUACACAAGCCUCGGUUAGCACCGAUGAACUUAUAUCAGCCGUCCUAUUCUUAAAUACAGCCGGCCUAGAUGCGCUCUUUCGAAUGAUCUUGACAAAAGCUCCUCAUGAUCGAUCGCCUGAGGAGCUCGAUCUCGUCUACACCGAGUUGCUGCAUGUCAAGGCUUUAUCUCAUUUGUCGACAAUGGUCAAACGAGAGAUGGCUGCUGUAAUUGGGAUCGAAUCGCAUACGCACCCAGGAACCGUGUUGUAUCACGAGGGCGAACGUGGAAAAUGUUGGUAUAUUGUGCUCAAGGGGGCCGUGGAGGUCAGCGUUAGGGGAAAGGGUAUUGUAACGUGCCUACGCGAAGGAGACGAUUUCGGGAAAUUGUGCCUGGUCAGUGAUGCUCCAAGAGCAGCGACCAUCAUUUUGCGAGAGGAAGAUUGCCAUUUUCUGGUGGUGGAUAAACAGGAUUUUAAUAGGGUCCUGCGUGAAGUUGAAGCCAAUACCGUCAGAUUGAAAGAUAGAGGCAGCUAUUCCGUACUCGCCGGGCUUGCGGAAAAGAUGAUCGAAUAUGUGCUGGAAACGAGAGUGGAUGCCGAUGAUGCGACCGAUACACUGUUAGAGGACUUUGUUCUGACCCACACCAUCUAUAUGCCGACGAAUAUCCUGUGCAAUUUUUUGAGGAGCUAUUUUAUCGGGAAGAUCAAGAUAAACGGUGGUGAUUGGAAUCGCCGACUGGUAGCAAAGAGAAGGGUCGUCCGAUUUCUUGCGUUUUGGGUCGACACCCUUGGUCUGCACUUUUUUCUAGACCCUGCGGCAAAUGCAUUCAUAGAGGAGUUGUAUUGCCUGCUUCUCGAAGAUUGUCGCCUUAUUGCCGGUCUAGAAGAUGUUGUUGCUCAAUUGGCUCAGAUUCGAGUGACCAGAGAGGCUGCGAUGAGGGUAUUAGCGCGGAGACCUAGUGUCGUGCUGGAGUGUGGCGUCUAUUCGAGCCUGAGCCCAGCUCCCUCACCGGUUUUACCAAGUGAUACAGCUAACCAAAUCAUUCACUUCUCCGACACGACAUCAUUCGCGAUGAGUGUUAGAUUAGAUCGAACUGCGGCAGAAAUUGUGAGGAUGGCACGACAAAGAAUGAGAAACAUCGCUCCAGCUCCGGAUCGUAUGCGAUUGGUGGAAGUGAAAAGCAAUGGAGAACGGAUUGUCUUUUCGCCAACUGACAUUAGUAUUUCCACAAUGGUUGGCCUGAAUUCAAAAUUGUAUGCAGUGAGCAGAGAAGAAGUGCAUACUUUGGUCGCCACCCCAGAUCAAUCGGGGCCACUUGAAUCAGUUCACGCAUCUGUUAUGGAAUAUCUCUCAAGUACAGAGCUUGCCCAACAACUAUUCGUGAUGCACUCGGAAAUGUUUGAAGCCACGGACGAGACAGAAUUGGUAACCCAGGUAUUCGGUCGCGAUCAAUUCCCUGGAAAAGUGCCAUCAAAUCUCGAUCUACUACUCCGACGCUUUAAUGAAGUGCAAUACUGGGCAACAACAGAGAUACUUUUAUCACCACCACACCGUCGCCUGGCCACACUCCGAAAAUUCAUCAAAAUUGCCAUUUUUGCCAAGGAAAACCGAGAUCUACUUUCGCUCUUUGCAUUGACGCUGGGUCUAUCUAAUAUAGCCGUCAGCCGGUUGGAUUCGCUUUGGAGUCGGCUCCCAGCCAAGAUGCGGCGACAAUUCGGAGAAUUCGAAGCCCUGCUAGAUCCAGGCCGAAAUCAUCGUGCAUAUCGAGCUCUCGUUGAAAGCCUUCAUCCGCCCAUGGUUCCGUUCGUGCCACUCCUCCUGAAAGACCUGACGUUCAUCCACGAAUCCAACAAAACAUUCUUUAGUGGUCUAGUUAAUCAAGAGAAAAUGCAUAUGAUCGCUGGGGUCUUGCGCUCUUUCCGAAAAUGCAAAGCCCAUUUUCCGCACCAAGUGUAUGCUGAAAGCAAGAUCGGAGACACACAGAAUUUGAUUAGAAACUUCCGGGUCAUCGACAACCAACGGCGCCUUAUCGAGCUCAGCUACCAAAUUGAGCCCAAACGUACUCGCCGUCCCCAUUAC